AUUUAGGUUAAGCUUCUGCUUCCGUGUUUUGUUUAUAUUCUGUGACUGUGAGGCUUCUUGUUUUGGUAGAACAAUAUAACCAAAAUAUUUGUUAAUAUUUAAAAACAAGUAAUAUUCAGGGGUAAAGUAGUUUGAUUUGUGUAGUGGUGUGCACAGUGAAUUGAUAUUUAUAUUUCUAAAGACCUCAAGAUCUCUUAUACAGUUCUAUCCCUGCAUCACUAUAUAGAAACAUUUCUGCUUUGAGACUGGGAAAGAACCAUGGCGCAUUAUAAAGGUGCAGCCAGUGAGGCAGGCAGAGCCAUGCAGCUCAUGAAGAAGCGAGAGAAGGAAAUGCAAGAUAUGGAAAUACGCAAGAAAAAAAUUGAGGAAGACCUCAAACUAAACAACAUUGAGACCAAAUUUGCUACUCAUUAUGAUGCUGUGGAGCAACAACUGAAGACCUCAACUAUUGGUCUAGUUACGCUAGAUGAAAUGAAAGCCAAACAAGAAAACAUAGUGAAAGAGAGAGAGAAGAAGCUAGCACAGAAACAAGCAGAAAAGGAAAGAGAGAAACAGAGGCAACUUGAAGCCAAGCAAGCUGAGAAAAAUAAACAGAAGAAACAGAUUCAAGCUCUAUCUUUUUCACUGGAUGAAGAUGAAGCAGAUGGCGAUGAUGAUGACCACUCCGUAAAUGAAAGGAAAGAGAUAGCAACCUUUAAAAGGCCGGUUGAAGAAGUUGAAAAGUCUAACUUGAAGAAAAUUAAGAAGGAUCCAAAUGUAGACACAAGUUUUUUACCUGACAGGGAAAGAGAGGAAGAGGAAAACAGACUCAGGGAAGAGUUGAGACAACAGUGGGCAGAACAACAACAGAAACUGAAAGAGGAAGAAAUUGAUAUUACAUUUAGUUACUGGGAUGGUUCCGGACACAGAAGAACAGUCAGAGUAAAAAAAGGAAACUCCAUCUAUCACUUUUUGCAGAAGGUAUUGGAACUUCUUAGAAAGGAAUUUUCUGAGCUGAAAACUGUGAUGGCAGAUCAGCUGAUGUAUGUCAAAGAAGAUUUGAUAUUACCACAUCACUACACAUUUUAUGACUUCAUUGUGACAAAGGCUAGAGGAAAGAGUGGACCUCUGUUCCAGUUCGAUGUCCAUGAUGACGUCAGACUUGUAAAUGACGCAUCAGUUGAAAAAGAGGAAUCCCAUGCUGGAAAAGUACUACUCAGGAGUUGGUACGAAAGGAACAAACAUAUAUUUCCUGCUAGCAGGUGGGAGCCUUAUGAUCCUACUAAAUCGUAUGACAAGUAUACUGUGUCUGAUAAAAGCAAAAAGUAAUUGGUUAUUUAUUUUACGUUUAUGACAUUUUUUUAAUAUAGUUUUUGUUCAUAAAAAAUA